CAAUGGGUGUCGGCGGGCGGCGCGGGGGCGGGGCCGUGGCGCUGGAGCGGCUCGUUGUGCGCUGCGGACCGAUCGCCUCCCGCUGCCCGGGCCCGGCCGCCGCCGCCGCAGAUAUUUUGUAAAAUGUCCAAUGGUUAUGAAGAUCACAUGGCUGAAGAUUGCAGGGAUGAUAUUGGUAGGACAAAUUUAAUUGUGAACUACCUCCCUCAGAACAUGACACAGGAUGAAUUACGGAGUCUUUUCAGCAGCAUCGGCGAAGUGGAAUCUGCAAAACUUAUUCGGGACAAAGUUGCAGGACACAGCUUAGGCUACGGCUUUGUGAACUACGUAACUGCAAAAGAUGCUGAAAGAGCAAUAAACACACUGAAUGGCCUCAGACUUCAGUCAAAAACUAUCAAGGUUUCCUAUGCCCGCCCAAGUUCUGAAGUUAUCAAGGAUGCUAAUUUAUAUAUCAGUGGCCUGCCCAGGUCAAUGACACAGAAGGAUGUAGAAGAUAUGUUCUCCCGUUUUGGGCGCAUCAUCAACUCCCGUGUGCUUGUGGAUCAAACCACAGGUUUGUCCAGAGGGGUCGCAUUUAUCCGGUUUGACAAAAGGUCAGAAGCAGAAGAGGCAAUUACAAAUUUCAAUGGUCACAAACCCCCAGGUUCCUCCGAGCCCAUUACAGUGAAGUUUGCAGCCAACCCUAACCAGAACAAAAAUGUGGCACUGUUGUCGCAGCUGUGUCAUUCACCAGCUCGACGGUUUGGAGGGCCAGUGCAUCACCAGGCGCAGAGAUUCAGGUCAGCAGAGAAUCAGGAUCUGCCACCGCCCUGCUCUUGGCAGAGAGCAGCUCGUGUACCGCUUUUAAGGGGUUUGCAAAUCACCAGUGGUACACCUCAAUUUGGGAACCCCUGGUUCUCUCCUAUGGGUGUAGAUCACAUGAGUGGGCUUUCUGGUGUAAAUGUUCCAGGAAACGCAUCUUCUGGCUGGUGUAUCUUCAUCUACAACCUUGGUCAAGAUGCUGAUGAGGGAAUCCUCUGGCAGAUGUUUGGCCCCUUUGGUGCGGUUACCAAUGUGAAAGUUAUUCGAGAUUUCAACACCAACAAGUGCAAAGGUUUUGGUUUUGUGACCAUGACAAACUAUGAAGAAGCUGCAAUGGCCAUAGCAAGUCUUAAUGGCUACCGCCUGGGGGACAAAAUCUUACAGGUUUCCUUCAAAACCAACAAGUCCCACAAAUAACUUGCUCGUGCUUUUUGUAUGGAAUAGAUAAUGGAGUGACAGAAGUUGAAACAUUUUUGUUAGUGUAAAACUCAUUUUGCGCCAAUUUUCACAAGUGUUUGUCUUAGUCUAAAUGAGAAGUGAAAAGGUUUUAUAUUCUGGGAUGCAACUGACAUGUUCAAAUGUUUGAAAUCCCACAAUGUUAGACCAAUUUUAAGUUCCUUUAAGUUAUUUCAUUUAAAACAUGUUAAAAAUCCCCUGAAAUCUUAAGUAGAUUGCAUUAACUAGAUCCUCUGGAUGGUGGUAAAAUUGAAGCAUGCUUUCACUUAUGAGACUAACAUUUGUUUCAUUGAAUGUUGUCUGCAAAAACUGGAAUUUUCUGAAAAAUAUCAGGCUGAAUUCAUUGAUUUUCUUUGGUUUUAUGUUGUUCUUCCUACCCAUCCCCCUGUCCUUUUGUUCUCCCCGUUUCAGUAGUAUGGAAGAAUAGUUGAGAAAUACUAAUGUUUUAGUGGACAGUAAAUUGUUUGAUCAAUUAAUAUUCAUUACUCUGUGUCUAGUUGAGGAUCAGGCUUUUUAAAGUCAAGGUCUUGUAAGUAGUAGCAUGCCAGCCUAACUUUAACACCAUUGAGGAGGUAAGUUGCACACUGAGCAGUGGCCAAGCUGUCCAAUUCACAGGUUUUAGAAAGGUGACUUUUAAAGCCCAUUUUGAGAGGAAUGGACCAAAGAGUUUCAAAGAAACUCCGGGAAGAUUUCAGAGUCAAAAUGAAACUCCAAAAAAGCGAGUGUGAAUAUAUGUUGCUACUUUAUCAGACUGAAUCUCUUCUGUCCAAAUAUUUAAUGCAUGGUGCACUACUUACUGGUACAUUAUAAUACAGCAAGAUACUUACUCAUUUUCCAAGAUCAUUGUAGUUUGAAUUCCUUUGGCAGUUCUAUUUUGUAAAAAAAAAAAACCAGUUAUAAACAUUUGAGCAUUGUAUUUCUCGCAUCCCUUCUAAUGAGUGUAGUUUUUCUAUUUUAAUAGGAUUUUGUUUUGACAACUAGCUUUACUUAUUGAACACUCAGCAGAAAAGUACUUAAACUUGCAAGUUAGAUAUUAACCAAAAAACCCCUUUGAUUUGUAGAUUUAAAGAUUAAUCCCCCAGGUUUUCUGCAGACUGCCUUGAAACUUUGAGUUGUUCUGUUUCUGUUAAUUUUCUUUUGCUUUUUUGUGUUUUUUGUUUGUUUUUACUUUUGCAUUUAAGAACAUUAAAUUUGAUUUUGUUUUGCUCAAA